CUGCUGCUGCGGAUUCGGUGUGUUGAAACGCGGCUGCAGCUGAGUUCCCGGUGGAGAUUUCCCCGUUUGGAAACCUUUUUUUCCCUUCCACUUGUGACUUCGCCUCAUUUAAGCCGCGACGAUGAAGAUUUCAGCCGGACUUUAACACUUUUAUCCCGCUGAACGCGUCACACCCGGAGGAUUGAGAGAUAAUUUGCCACAUCUGUUGGAGGGUUGCAUCAGCCCUUUAUCCACGAUGUCCUCCAGAGGUAAAAAUGACCUGUGCCUAAUAUGUGGUGGAGCUCUCCAGGGAAACCAGCGGCGAUGGCUGUUUGGGGGCCAGAAUAAGAAGACCAGCCACCUUCAGACCCCAACAGAGUCCCUGAGAGGAGGAAGCAGGUCUCAGUCCUUGCAGAGCAGCCCCUGGGGCAGCACAUUAUCUCUGGGUUCCUCAGGAUCGCUCUCCAAGUCCCAGUUAUCAGUGAACUCGCCAUCCAAAAGCAUGGAUGUGCUCGCGGUGUUGACCCACAUCCUGGGGCAGUCUGUACCACGGGGCAGCAGGCAGGGGGAGUUUGUUUGCGGCAAAUGCGUGAGCGCCCUCGAGCGGGUGUUCAAGUUUGACUCGGUCAUAGCAAGGGUGAGGGUGCUUUCAUCUGAGCGGCUUCAGAAGCUGACGCAGGAGAGGGAUAAGAUCAGGCAGUGGGUGCGCCACAACUACCAGCAGAGACACCUGCGGGAUGUACCAAACAGGGGUAGCACCAGCGAGGAGGAUGGCGAGGCAGAGAAGGAGGGCUACAGGGAGAUGCUCAAAGAGAAUAUGGCGCUCUCCGAGUAUGAAUGCUGGUCUGAGAAAUGGGACACAUGUCCGUACUUUAUAAGAACGGGUAAAAGAUGCAGAAAGGGCAAAGGAUGCGAAGGCUGUGAUUCCUUACGGGUGUCGGACUCUGAUUAUGAGUCAGUUUGUGGGGUCCCUCGUCGCUUACCGUUCCAACCUUUUUCUCCACUUGCGCUGUCACGGGACAAAUCCCAGAGCAUGCCUCUACACUGGCAGAGAGUGCCAUCCCUCAGCUCCAGCCCAGCUUCACUAGCGGGAUCCAGUCUGUCUCUACGAGCACCUUCACGCACCGAGUCCGUUCAGUCUCUGGAUUCUCUCGAUGGGAAUGACCCAUUCGACACACCGAGUGAUCAGUCAGUCAGUUUCGUGCUGAAGGAGCUGAGGAGUAUUGAAGGGAAACCGGUUAAUUCGCCAUCAGGGAGUAGGAUCCCAGUUCUGGGGAGGAAGGAUGGGAGGUACACCGGAAAAGUUGAAGAUGUAGCGUCACCCACAGUGAACAGGACACUGAACUUUGAGGAAAAGGAGAAUGGAGGGCAAGAAGUGGAUGAAGAGGACGGAGAUGUGCUGACAGAGCUGAGAGAUGAGUUCAUGCCACUCCAUCGAGAGAGCACGACUGCCAGAGUUCACCAUGCUAUCAGGCACUUGCGAAGCCAACUCGACCAAGCUGCAUCCCGCAUCAGGACCCUAGAGGCUGAGCUGAAACAUGGGAAGAGCAAACCAGCUGAGGUCAACGGAUCAGAGAACUGGGCUCCUCUCAUCCAGGAGGAGGGUGGCGGCUCCCUGCUGCAGAGCCUCGGCCGCUCCCUGCACAGCAGGGAACGUCUGGUCCAGGAGUGCAUGGGUCUGAUCAGAAGACUGUGUGUGGAGGAGGGAGCAGGCACUGAGCUGGCCAGCAAGUUGACUGAGAAACUGACUGAGACUCUGAAGGAAAUUCUGUCGGAUAACAAGGCUGCCCUGGAGACUCUAAAGUCUGAAUGGACAGAGAAAGAAAAGGGCAUGGAGAAAGAGAUCGAGGCACUGAGGAAGGCUGGACGAGACCGAGAGAGAGACCUUGACACACUCAACACUGUGCUGCAGUGCAACCAGGACAUUAUCAAUGACCUGCGAGUGGCUCUGGGGGAGAAGGAGCGCCUUGUGAAGGAGGUGGAGAAAGAGAGGGAGGUGUGUAGACAGAGGGAUGAAGCCCUCGCUGCUGUCCUGCAGGAGAAGGAGGCUCUGAUUCACAGCUUCAAAGAGCAGCUGGAGAUCUGUCAGAAGGAGGCUCCCUCCGACUCUGUGAGUGGGCAGCGUUCUGCUGAGCUGGCAGCCCUGCUGAAGGACUGGGAGGGAAACGGCGCCAUCUUGUGUCAGGAGGUCACCAAACUCACCACAGCCCUGCAGGAAUACCAGAACAUGGUGCAGAGUCAGCAGGAGAGUCACAACCAGACAGUGUCCUCUCUGACGGAUCAACUCCGAGACACUCGGCAGGAGCUGAGGCAGAAGGAGAAGGAGAAGAAGGAGGCUGACAGAUCCGGACAUAAUAGCAGAGAGGACCGAGAGCGGGAGGAGAGGAGACUGAGGGACAGUCUGGACAAAAGGGACAAACUCAUAGAGCAAAUCCUGUUGGAUGCCGAGGAGCGGGACCACCUGUUCAGAGAGCUGCAGCAGAACCUGCAGAACAAACGUGAACCUGUGACGGCCAUCAAACACACACUGUGACGGAGGAGGAGAGCCGGACUGACACACUGUACCGACCAGAUGCAGACUCACUGCACAGACACGGAGAAAUACUUUGCACUUUCUGCACCACCUGUUUGCCUCGUUAACAUAUUUAUCGUGGUGCACAUUAAGUCUAUUUAUAUUUAUUUCUCCGCAUUUAGGAGGUUUGCAUUUGCAGCCCUGUCCUGCUUGGGCGUGUGACAAAGGAAAGCUGAUUUUUUUUUUCCACAGUUACUACUUAACUCUCUGGAGUGAAUCAGGAAAUUACAGCCUGAUUGUUUUCGGUGUUGCGGGAUGUCAGGUCCAGAUUUUUAUAUCUGGACGUUAAUUACUUGAUUUAAAAGUCACUGGAUUACUGUAUUUAGUUAAAGUUGAAUGUAAUGGGUCUAAUGGUUAUGCAGUGAUUUCAUUUCAUACAGAGGGAACAUUUCUAAACGGACGUGAGGAACAUUCAUGUCCUUUAGAACAGGAGCGGGUACAAUAUGUUAUAAAUUAGAAUUUACCUUAAUAUAAUUAAUGAAUCUCUUUGCAGUGGUGUUUUACAGAAGUGCCAUAUUUUUGUGCUGUUUACAGUGCUGGCUGAGCACUUACAGAGGAGUAACCUUACAACCAAAUAACAUUUUGAGCUGCUUUCAUUGUCUGCUUUUUUUUAUAUGUCUCUCUCUUUUCAUUUUUUUGUGCUGGAAUUAUUCUUGAUUAUCUUUGCUGUUUACACAUCUUGUAUAGUUAUUCUGGGACUUUCUUUUAGCUCAAGAGAAUUAAACACUCUGAUCCAAAUUAA